CCAGUACUACAAACGCUAAACAGUAAACACAAUAAAGCCCACAGCGUUUUGCCUCUCUUCAUUCUUUCAAUUCAAAGAUUCAUAAAAAUCCCUUCUCAAGAAAAAGCCAUCUGUUUCUCAUAAAUAAUAAUAAUAAUAAUUCUCAGUGAUGGAUUUUCAAGUGGUAGUCCUAGCCGGUGGCACUUCAAAGAAACUAGUUCCUUUAGUUUCAAAGGAAGUCCCUAAAGCUCUACUUCCAGUGGCCAACCGACCGGUUCUUUCUUAUGUUCUGGAACAAUUGGAACUCAGUAAUCUCAAAGAUCUUAUUGUGGUGGUUGAAGGGCAAGAUGCAGCCCUUCGAGUUGGUGGUUGGAUAUCGGGUGCUUAUGUUGAUCGUCUACAUGUUGAGGUUGCUGCAGUUCCUGAGGAUGUUGGCACAGCUGGUGCUCUUCGAGCCAUUGCACGCCACUUGACUGCAAAGGACAUCUUGGUUGUGACUGGUGAUCUUGUUUCUGAUGUUCCUCCUGGAGCAGUUGCAGCUGUUCAUAGACGACAUGAUGCAGUUGUGACUACAAUGCUUUGCUCUGCCCCUGUUGGUGGACCUGCAGAGUCAGGUGCCUCCUCUGGAAAAGACAAAAUAAAGAAACCAAGACGAUACAACAUCAUUGGGCUGGACUCGACAAAACAGUUCUUAUUACAUAUAGCUACAGGAGCUGAAGUUGAGAAAGAAAUUCGAAUUCAGAAAACUAUUCUUCAGGCAGUAGGGCAGAUGGAAAUACAAUCUGAUCUUAUGGAUGCUCAUAUGUAUGCAUUCAAGAGGUCUAUUUUGCAAGAAGUUUUACAUGAAAAAGAUAAAUUUCAAAGCUUACAACAAGAUGUAUUGCCCUAUCUUGUCCGGAGCCAGCUGAAAUCGGAGGUAUUACUGAAUAACUCACCGCAAUCAGAAGAAAAUGGAAAUGAGAAGGCUGGUUCACAAAACAGUCAUGUAAUCAUAUCUGAAAUCCUGGCCAAUGCUUCUACACCAAGCUUUCAUGAACUUUAUGCAUCGGGUCAUAAUGGUUCUGCUCCUGUUCGAAGAACUCAUAAAUGCUGUGCUUAUAUUGCAAGCAACAAUAAAUAUUGUGCACGCUUAAAUUCUAUUCAAGCAUUCUGUGAUAUUAACCGAGAUGUCAUAGGUGAAGCAAAUUAUCUGUCAGGUUAUUCGUUCUCUGCACAUAACAACAUUAUCCAUCCUUCGGCACAGCUUGGAUCAAAAACUACAGUGGGACCUCAUUGCAUGCUAGGAGAAGGUUCACAAAUGGGUGACAAAUGUAGUGUUAAGCGAUCUGUUAUCGGUCGUCACUGCCGGAUAGGUUCCAAUGUGAAGGUUGUUAACUCAGUUAUCAUGAAUCAUGUCACAGUAGGAGAUGGCUGUUCGAUCCAAGGUUCUGUGAUUUGCAGCAAUGUGCAGCUUCAAGAGCGAGUUGUAUUGAAAGAUUGCCAGGUUGGAGCAGGUUUUGUAGUUACUGCAGGCAGUGAGUACAAGGGAGAGUCCUUGGCUAGAAAAGAGAAAUAAGUUAAUAGGGAGCGUCCUUUGCUGGAAAGACUUGCGAAUCUCGAGGAUUCAACUCAAAUUUUGUGCUAUGCUUCAUCACAUGUUGGGGCAAAUUUUUUGGUAGCUGCUACCAUUGAUGCUGGAUCAGGCCUUAGGCAAGGAAAGACAAAUUCUGAAGUCUCAUGAGUGUACUAUUCAGCUCACAUCAUUUGUUUGUUUUAGUCCCUUUUCUUUUUUUGAUGGUUAGGAGUUAAUAUUUUACUUCUUGUUAUGUUACCUGUAUUGAUUCCCAUGUAUUUUUAAUGACUGAAGAACGAUAAAUCAGUCUCAAUUUUGUCUCAUAAUUGUAAAAUGUGAAAUUUUUCUUGUUCUUGAAUAGAAAGCCUUUAUUGACAAAUGCGGGUUAUAACA